AAGAUCCAUUCAAAGAUAAAUGUAUAUACAAUUAUUAUGAAGCAUAAAAUCCAAUCAUGAAAAUAAAACAUUCCCCCCUUUUUCAUUAUUAUUUUUUUUUCCUUUUAAUAUAGAGAAGAAGUUUCCUGGAAGUUGCACUUUCUUUAGUAUUUGAUGCUUGCUGCAGACAAACAUGAGUCUUCUAUUUAUAACUGUAUGUAUCUUACUCUCGAACUCAUCGAGAUAAUAUCUGAAAGAGUUUAUUUGGUUUUUGUCAGGGUCUACACUAUUCUUUUGUGCGCAAGACUCUCGCCCUGGAAGAAAAAUAUUUUCGGGUUUGAGUGUGGGAAGAAGAUGGCUUCCUUGCAAGAACCAUGGCUAUUGGAGAAUGGCAACCUGAAAGGGUCCAGCAAGGAGAUUCGCCAUGGUAGGACUGCACACAACCUGUCGUCUUCGUCAUUGCGGAAGAAGUCUGACCUGACCCUGGUUUCCAAGGUUCGGUGUGGAAUGCUCAGGCAGUUCCUGACCAACCUUCAGGAGGUCAUUCUAGGGACCAAACUCUCAGUUCUCUUCCCCGCUAUCCCUCUGGCGGUCGUUGCUGAGAGCUACGGGUUCGGAAGACCAUGGGUCUUUGCAUUAAGUUUACUUGGACUUACACCAUUGGCUGAACGUGUCAGCUUCCUCACCGAGCAAAUUGCUUAUUACACUGGUCCAACAGUGGGAGGGCUGUUGAAUGCAACCUGUGGCAAUGCUACUGAGCUGAUCAUAGCAGUUUUAGCACUAAGCCAAUAUAAAAUAGAUGUGGUCAAGUAUUCCCUGCUGGGUUCUGUCUUGUCAAACCUGCUUUUGGUUCUUGGGACCUCUCUCUUCUGUGGUGGUAUUGCCAAUCUGAGAAAGGAACAAAAAUACGAUAGAAGACAAGCCGAUGUGAACUCUCUCCUGCUGCUGCUUGCAUUAUUGUGCCACUCGCUGCCAUUGUUGUUUCGAAUGGCUGGGGCAUCCAAUGCUGUCAGUACAGCCGACUCAACACUGCAUUUGUCGAGAGCAAGCAGCAUUGUAAUGUUGAUUGCAUAUCUUUCGUACCUGAUCUUCCAACUAUUCACACACCGGCAAUUGUUUGAAGCUCAAGAGGAAUCAGACGAUGACGAAAAUGGAAUAUCAGAAGAAGCACCGGUGAUUGGAUUUUGGAGUGGAUUUAUCUGGCUAGUUGUAAUGACUGGUGUCAUCUCAUUGCUGUCUGAGUAUGUUGUAGAAACAAUUGAGGAUGCCUCGGAUUCUUGGGGAAUUUCUGUUAGCUUCAUCAGCAUUAUUCUGCUUCCCAUUGUCGGAAAUGCAGCAGAACAUGCAGGAGCUAUCAUUUUUGCUUUUAAAAACAAGCUGGAUAUUUCUUUGGGUGUUGCAUUAGGAUCUGCAACCCAGAUUUCCAUGUUUGUGGUUCCACUCUGCGUAAUUGUCGCUUGGACCAUGGGCAUUAAGAUGGAUCUUAACUUCAAUCUCCUCGAAACUGGCUCUCUCGCUCUAUCAAUCAUUGCCGUUGCCUUCACUUUACAAGAUGGCACUUCUCACUACAUGAAAGGACUGGUUCUCCUACUGCUCUACAUCGUCAUCGGCUUUUGCUUUUUUGUACUCAAAACACCUCUAAACCAAGUAAACUUAACAAACUCGGGAAUCCAAACACCAACCGAGACAAUCGUCAGAGCUUGAUAAGCUUCCCCGUCUGGGGGUCCCUCCCCCUUAUCGAUAUGAUGAACAUAUGUCUGGAACUUCAACAGAUCUCAUGCAUUUGUUAUUCUCUCACUAUGGUCUGGCCUGCCGGAAAGCUGACAGAUUCUCAGUUACUACUCCACCGCGAAGAAGUUGUCAUGCCUUCAAAGUUGAGAUGGAUACUAUAUAUAUAUAUAUAUCUGAAUACCUGCUUCAGAUUCGGUUACCAUUGAAGCUUGAUGAAGACAGGCUGCAGUACACAACACAUGGUUCUGUGUACAGAUCUCUCAGUGUGUGUUUUUUUUUUUAAUUUCAACUGAGGUUUGUCUCUGAUUAUGCUUGUAUGGUAGUAGUAGCAAAUGAGCUAGCUAAAAGGGUUGUUCCCCUCUUGUAAUUGCAGUUCAUCAAAAUAAAUGAAAUCGUUGUUGGUUUUGUUUGGCUA